AUGGCUACCAAAAGUUUUGCGCAGUGUCAUGCUAAAUAUAAUGGCGAACGUUGUUUUAAUAAGGUGGAGGAGUUUCUUACCAAAAUAACAGUUUUCAAGAAGGUGGAAAAAAUUUCCGACGAAGACGCCUUGGAAGGACUAUCCUUGGUACUCACAGAAAAGGCUGCUACUUGGUGGAUAGGUAUAAAACCGAGUGUAAAAAAAUGGAAUGCGGCGAUAGAAGCGAUCCGGUCGGCUUUCGCGCCACGAAAACGCCCGCAUGAUAUUUAUUUGGAAAUAUUUGCGAAAAAACAAACAAGUGAACCUAUUGAUGAAUUUGUUUGUGAAAAAAGAGCUUUGUUGGCGCAGUUACCUGCAAAGCGUCACAAAGAGGACGAACAAUUAGAUAUGAUCUAUGGGCUCUUGAAAAUACAUUACAAAAAGGACAUAGCCCGAGAAGACUUAAAAACAUUCGACGAACUUUUGCAACGUGGCCGUCACAUAGAAAAUCUUUUAAAAGAAGCUGCAGACGGUGGUAUUGAAGAAAGAAAAGCGUUAAGAUGUACAUUUUGUGGCAAGAGGGGACACGCAGUUGAAGUUUGUCGCAAAAGGCUUGCCGAAAUAAAAAAAGAAACUAUGGCAACCAACAACGUAACAUCUAAAGAUCUAAUUAAAUGUUACGGUUGUGGUGCACCUGGAGUAUAUAGAAGCAGGUGUGGGACGUGUAAAAAUAAAGAGUCGCCGCCGAAACCUGUUGCAUUUUAUACCAUGGAGACAACCAUGAAAAACCAAUCUAAAAUACCGACUAUAGAAAUAGUUGUCAACGGCGAAAAUGGAUACGCUCAUAUCGACACAGCUGCCAGAACUAGCAUUGCAGGUACACAGCUAUACAAAUCGCUGGUACGAAAAGGAACACAAUUUGCGGAAUGCACAGCAGAAAUAAUCUUGGCUGAUGGCAACAGAAAGACAUCCAAGCUCCUGACUGCCGAGGUAAACAUUUGUAUCGGGCAACGUAAUUUGCCGAUUUCGUUUACUGUAUUGCCCGAGGCGAAAGAUAACAGGACCCUUCUAGGUAUUGACUUUCUGGAAUCGUCGGGAAUAGUCUUAAACUUGCCUCAAAGAUGUUGGCAUUAUAUAGAUGAACCAGAAAGAGAACAUAAAAUUUUGCAGUUGUGUAACCAAAAAAUCCCGCUUAAAGCCGCAAAACUUUUGGAGGUGAGCCAAAGGAACCUCUAA